GCAAGGACAAGAGUUUAAGAAGGGUUUCAGUUCCACACGAGUUUAGAAUUUGUCGCACGUGCAAUGGACUGAAGAGAUGUAAUUAGUACCCUGAAGCCAAAGAAAAUAAGCGCCAGUGGCCCUAAUCACUCUUGCAGUCACCACUCUCCGUUUCUUCUCCUUCGCAGUCUCCAUUUCUCCACUGUCUGGCCAGAUACAAGAAGCUUGAGUGGAAGAAUCUUUGAUUGGUCGUGAUUUAGUUGGGGAUCGCUUCUUACCUGCUUUGUUAUCAGUGUUUUAUUUGUCGACUUAUCCUUGUUUGAGGUGUUACAGAAGAGUGAAAAUGGCAGGAUGUGCAAUGAAUUUUCAGUUCUCGAGUGUCGUGAAAUUGAGAAAGGAGAUUUCUUCGUUGAGGAUUUGCAAUCGAGACUUUGUAUUUGGAGAUUUGGUCAAGGAAAUGAAAGUGCCUGUUUUGCGGAUUAAAGAUGUUUCGGGUAGGCAAAGGUCGAGGCUUUUGAUGGUUAAUAUGUCACAGUCUCCUGUUGAGCCGCAUUCUAGUUUUGCUGCUACUGCGCAAACGAAAGGAGAAGAAGGUGAUAGCAUCUUAGGGAAAGACGACAAUGUAAGAAAUUUGAAUGAACCGGCGAAAUUUGAAAGUGAUGGUAAUGUUGGCGAUGGGUUUAAUGGAAAUGAUGGUAAUGGUGGAUUUAAUAAUGGUGGAGGAGGAGAUGGAAAUGGAGGAGGAGGUGAUGGUGAAGACUAUGAAGAGAAGGAGUUUGGACCCCUUUUGAAAUUUGAAGAGGUUAUGAGAGAGACUAAUGCUCGAGGAGCUACGCUUCCAUCUGAUAUGUUACAGGCUGCUAAAAGCUUUGGGAUUCGCAAAGUGCUUCUCCUUCGGUACUUGGAUUUGCAGAGCUCAGCUGGGCUUCUUGGGUUUGCUAUAAGAUCAUGGUCUAUGCUUCGCAACAGAAUGUUAGCUGAUCCAUCUUUCCUCUUCAAAAUAGGGACUGAGAUAGUCAUUGAUUCUUGUUGUGCCACUGUUGCUGAAGUUCAAAAGAGAGGAAAGGAUUUCUGGGCAGAGUUUGAGCUGUAUGUUGCUGAUCUUUUGGUCGGAGUUGUAGUUAACGUUGCUUUGGUCGGUAUGUUGGCGCCUUUUGUCCGUUUUGGUCAACCAUCUGCAUCGAGUGGCUUCUUAGGAGGCAUGCUUAAUGCUUAUAAUGCGCUUCCUAGCAGCGUGUUUGAAGCUGAAAGACCAGGAUGUAGAUUUUCCGCACAACAGAGACUUGCUACAUACUUCUACAAGGGUAUAAUGUAUGGUGCAGUUGGGUUUGGAUGUGGCAUCGUAGGUCAAGGCAUUGCUAACCUGAUCAUGACUGCUAAACGAAGCAUAAAUAAAUCAGAAGAAGACAUCCCAGUACCACCGCUCAUCAAGAGUGCAGCUCUCUGGGGUGUAUUCUUGAGUGUUUCUUCGAAUACUCGUUAUCAGAUCAUCAAUGGUCUAGAGAGAGUGGUCGAAUCAUCUCCUUUCGCCAAGAAAGUGCCUCCCGUGGCUCUGGCCUUUACUGUGGGUGUACGGUUUGCCAAUAACAUCUACGGAGGAAUGCAGUUUGUGGAUUGGGCAAGAUUGAGCGGUUGUCAGUGAAGAAGUCCAAAACUCUUUCCUCUGUGUAAUUUGAUGAAACUAUAUAUGCCUGGCUGUGUCUAUGUUAUGGAUUGGGAACAUUGGCCUAGGGCCUAAUUUCAAUAAAACACUUAUAAAAG